CAUUCAUUUUGGGCUGACACUAGGCUGACUGCCGACCGUGGACGGAGAACAUACAGAACGGACAAUUCCAUCCUGAAAAUAAUACGAGGUGGACAUUGCCUACUGUCUAGACUACAGUGUGUACUCAUUUGCCCUUCGUAUAGGCAACAAUAUGGAGAUCCAGUGUAUGAAUUAGAGACGAACCGAGUAGCAUAUCUAAACCGAUGAUGAACGGGGUUACCUCGGGCACAGGCUCGGCUUCGUGCCGCUUCGCCCACUACUUCGUGGUGUGUGGAUUGGACACGGAGACUGGUCUAGAACCCGAAGAAUUAGCAGGGGAGAGCUUUGAGCAGAGCCCCCUCCGGAGGUCCUUCAAGUCCAAGGUUCUGGCCCACUACCCUGAGAGCACAGACAGGAGUCCCUUCAACAGAGAUGCAGUCAACAUGCUCUGCAUGCCGCAUGGCCUGUCGUUCCGCAGUCAGGCGGACGCCCACGAGCACCACUUCCAUUCCUUCACGGUCGCCGACGAUGACGGCACGCGUUCUUACGGCUUCGUGCACACGUACUAUGAAGCGGUGACGAGCGCCCAGAUCACCACAGCGAUGCAGACCCUUCAUCAGAUGCACCAUGUGGAGCACUACUCCACAUCCUCUUCGUCUUCUUCCUCUGCCUCCUCCCCCUCCACAUCCAGCAUGGACUCUCUGGUGAGCAGCCUGGAUGAGUUGGAUGCCGACUCCCUGGCAGCGCGCCCCCUGUCGGCUUGUUUGGGCUGCGCGGCGGGCUCCUUCCAGCCGGCCUGGGACACCCUGUAUUCCUCCAAGGCCCUCUGCCUCCUCACGCCCCUCCCCUUCCUGCACGCCUCACGCCACUUCCUGUCCCAGCUGCACCAGGCGGUGAUGUCGCACGCCGCCCCGCCACUGCCGCUGGAGAGCUACAUCCACAACAUCCUGUACGAGGUGCCCGUGCCACCGCCCGGUCGUUCGCUCCGGUUCCAUGGGGUCCAGGGGCCUAUUUUGUGCCAGCAGCCCGGCCCCGAUGAACUCCCGCUGGGGGACUACCCCCUGGGAGAGGCCUUCUCCCUGCUGGGGGUGGAGAACAUGGUGAGGCUGCUCACCUCUGUGCUGCUGGAGACCCAGGUCUUGCUCUAUUCACAGGACUACCAGCGGUUGAUGACGGUGGCAGAGGGCAUCACCAACCUACUGUUUCCGUUCCAGUGGCAGCACGUCUACCUGCCCAUCUUGCCCGCUCCCCUGCACCAUCUCCUGGAUGCCCCUGUGCCCUUCUUGAUGGGCAUCCAACGGAGGGAUGGCUCCCAAAGCUCCACUCUGGAUCUGUCCCAUGAGGCCAACGUGUGCUUUGUGGACAUAGACAACCACCGCGUGGAUCCACCCGAGGACCUGCCCCUCUUCCCAGACCAGCCCGAGCUCAUCCAGGAGCUGAACGAGGUGCUGCUGCGUUUUGGCCUCCAGCCACAUGGUGGCGCCACCACCACCGAACUCGCACCUGCCGCUCCCCCCUGCCUCAGCAGCCUAGUCCUGGAGGACCUAAUGGAAGACAGGCGCAACGGGAACCUGGGAGGGGAGGAGUUGGCCGUGCUGGAACGACUGCAGGCACUAGCGAGGAGGUGUGGAGAAAGAGGGAUGGAGGGGGGGAAGACCCUUGGACGGGCGUUCCAGGAGGAGGAGGAGGAACUGAAUGCGGCCAAAAUGAACGUGCAGCUGAGGGAAGUGUUCGCAGGGCGUUUCGCCGCCAUUUUCGGGAGGUAUGAAGAGUUUGUGAUCCACAGUGCUCCUGACCUGGAGUCCUGGCUAGGCAACCGUGAGGGAACGAGCAACUUUGAUAAGGGCUCCUUCCUGUCGGCGCAGCCCGCCCCGCACCUGCACUUCUUGUCCUGGUUCCUGGAGACGGCCAUGUUCUCAUCAUUCUUGGACGGCAAGGUGUUGUCUCGCUGGGCCGACCAGGAGCCACUGCAGCGUGUGUUCGACGGCCGCCUAGAAAGGGAGCGCCUCUACGACACGUUCGAGGACGACCCCGGCAACCGUCGCUACAGGAAGUGCAGCGUGCUCCACAAAUCAGCCCAGGCCAUGGAACUCAGGCUGCUGAAGGCUGACCACACGGCCAUCCACCCCCACCUGUUGGACAUGAGGAUCGGCCAGGGCCGACACCAACAGGGCUGCUUCCCCAGGCUGCAUGCUGAUGUACUGGCACAGGGACACAACACCAACAAGUGGGCAAGUCGUAGCACUCGCAGGAGCAACAUUAAGAGACCAGUGACCACUGAGACGACAUCAGGACUGGGAAUUGACCAGAGAGAGAAGUACUCUCCUGGGAGGAGGAGCCAACACCAGUCCAAGCUGCUUGAUCCCUCCCCCUCAGCUGUCACUCAAACCCAGCAGGGUUUCGUGGAGGGGCUGCUGAGUGAGUGUCGCCUGAAGACCAGGCGUAUGUUGAUGGAGAGGAUGGGGAAGGAGAGUGUGGAGUUGGGGCAGGGCGAGGCCAGCAUCACAGGCCUGCAGGAGAACACACUGAUCCACAGCCUCUGUAACCUGCUGGAGAGGACCUGGGGCCACGGGCUGCAGCUCAAACAGGGAGGGUCGGCUCUGUGGUCCCACCUGCUCCACUGCCAGGCCAAUGAGGAGAAGAUGGAGCCACCAUCACCUGCCGAGUCUCCAGUGUCCAAUGGGCUGGACAGCACGAGGCUAGAGGAGGGGCUUCCACCCCCGAAGGGCUCCUUUGUACAGGAUAUGAGGUUUGUCCAGACUAUGAGUGAGGGUCUCAGUGAGGUGGGUCGGGCGCGGGCCUGGAUCCAUCUUUCCCUGGAGAAGAAACUGCUCUCGCAACACCUCAAACUGCUGCUGGCCAACCAGAACCUACUCAGGCAGCUGUACAAGCCCCAUGCGUUCCUCCUGUGUGAGGAGGAGAGGGAGCAGUUCUUGUUCCACCUGCUGUCCCUCAACACUGUGGACUACCUCUGCUUCACACGCACAUUCACCUCCAUCAGCAUUCCAUACCGUGUUGUCAUAACACCCAUGAAGAAGCUGAGCAUCGCCAUGACAAUGUCCAACCCCUGGGUGUGUGUGUCUGGAGAGCUUGGUGACUCUGGGGUCAGGCAGAUCCCCAAGAACACACAGGAGAUCUUCUUCCAGUGUCAGAACCUGGGCAGGCUGAGCACCCUGCAGUUGGGGCAGGAGAACUCUGGCUUACUGGCUAAGUGUCUGGUGGACUGUGUGAUUGUGCACAAUGAGAUCACUGGACACACCUACAGGUUCCCGUGUGGCCGCUGGCUGGGGAAGGGUGUGGGUGACGGCAGCCUGGAGAGGGUACUGAUUGGUCAGCUGGUGUCUCCCAGAGGAGAGGAGGAUUCUGGGAGGUGGACGGGGACACCCCCGGAGCAGGGCUCGCCCCCUCAGAGUGGACGCAUGGGGGGUCUGGGGUCACUGGGGCGCAGCAACAGUAACAACAGACUGUCUUCUGUCCAGGUGCAGGAGGAAAUGAGGGAGGCAGUAAACAACCUCGUCAAGCACUUCCACAAAGCAGAGCAGGAGAGGGGGAACCUGACUGCUCUGCUGUGUGGAGAGGGGGGGCUGGUGCGCUCCCUGGAACAGUUCCUCCUCCACGGCUUCAAGUCCUCGCGCCUAUUCCAGAGGAGUGUGUUCAUAUGGGACUUUGUGGAGAAGGUGGUGGUUUCCAUGGAGACGGCGGAUCAGAUGGGUGACUUGCGGGGGUCAACGGAACUGUGUGACUCUCUGUGUCACUAUGCCAACGCUAUCAAUGCCUCGCCGCGGAACAUCGGCAAGGAGGGCAAGUUCCAGCUGCUGAUCUGCCUGGGAGUCAGGGACCAGCUGCUGCCCCAGUGGCUCCCCCUGUUGGCCGGAUGCCACCUGUCGGCUCGUCUCUAUGAGGAGUCGGCUUUGGUCCGGGACUGCGCCGCCGUCAACUCCCUCUACCGCAUCCUCCACACCCUCCACGAGUUCCCCAUUACCCUGGAGACGGCCCUCAUUAAGGGGGUUGACCUCUAACUCCACCGCCACUGAGGACACUGGGAUAUGGAGUUUUACCCCUAUUCACAGAAUGCACAACGUACACAGGGUAGCAGGACAUCAAUAAAGUUGAGUGACUGCUAGGGCUGGCAUAAUUACCGUAUAACCGACGGUUAUGGAUGAAGACCGUCAUGAAAAUAAAAUCACCUUCAUAACCGUUGAAAUUAUUAUAAUAUUUUUUGGGGGGGUGGAAUUAACAGCUGACGGGACGGCUUAGCAUUUGUGCGGUUAAGUCCGUUUCUGCUGUAACAUGGACUCUACAACGGUGAAACUUUGUUGCUCCUUGCUGAAAUAAGCAGGAUGUUGUAGCGAACAAGUAUUCGGUUGCCUAGGCAAUGCCCCCCUCCCUGCAGCAGCGCAUGCAGUCAGGAGCAAAGGUGAAAGAAAAUGUGUGUCUUUUAAAGUGGCAAUCUGCGGUUGGAACGAUAACAAAGCACACCUGCUUUGGUAAAAAGCUAAGGGAUGGGGCUGGAGAAAUGUAACCACUCUCAAAUUCAUAAACAGAGCUAUGGAUACGAAGACUGACCAUCCAUGAUGUCAAAAUGAUAGUUUUAACCAAGUUUUAGGGUAAAGUGUUUGUUUAGAUUUACUUUGUUUACAUACAUUGGAGUAAAACAAGCUUAUAUUAUAGGUUCUGAUGGGGUAUGACAUUUGAAUUAAACUCAUGAGGCA